AUGGUUACUUCUAGACCCGGAUCUCCUUACACAGGUUACAGACCUUCCAGUGCUCACUCCACUCACACCAAAGUGGAAGAAGAUCUUCACGAACAUGCUGGUAUUGAUUACGACAGAGUAACCAUCAUGCGUAAUCCUUCUGUUGCUGUUCUUUAUGAACAAGCACUCACCUACGAACAAGGUACUGUCAUCUCUUCUGCCGGUGCUCUCUGCGCUUACUCUGGUAAAAAGACAGGUCGUUCUCCCAAGGACAAACGUAUUGUGGAAGAAGAAGGCUCCAAGGAAGAUAUUUGGUGGGGCCCCGUCAACACGCCCAUCAGCGAAAAGGUCUUUUUGAUCAACCGUGAACGUGCCAUCGACUAUUUAAACACUCGUCCUCGUCUCUAUGUCUUUGAUGGUUUCGCCGGUUGGGAUCCCAAAUACCGUAUCAAGGUGCGUGUCGUCGCUUCUCGUGCCUACCACUUGUUGUUCAUGCGCAACAUGUUGAUUCGUCCCACCGAUGAAGAGUUGGAAGAUUUCGGAACGCCUGAUUUCACCAUCUUUAACGCCGGUGAGUUCCCCGCCAACCGAUACACUACCGGUAUGACCUCCACCACCUCUGUUUCUGUCAAUUUCAAGAGAAAUGAAAUGGUCAUUCUUGGUUCUGAAUAUGCUGGUGAAAUGAAGAAGGGUAUUUUCACUGUCAUGCACUACUUGAUGCCCAAGGCAGGUGUCCUUUCUCUUCACUCUUCUGCCAAUGAAGGUCCUGACGGUGAUGUCUCUCUCUUCUUUGGCUUAUCAGGUACUGGCAAGACCACGCUCUCUGCUGAUCCCAAGCGUAAGCUCAUCGGUGACGACGAACACUGUUGGUCCGAUAACGGUAUCUUCAACAUCGAAGGCGGUUGCUAUGCUAAAUGCAUCGACUUGUCCAGCGAAAAGGAACCCGAUAUUUACAACGCCAUUCGUUUCGGCGCCAUUUUGGAAAACGUCGUCUUGGACGAAGAGACCCGUGAAGUCGACUACUCGGACGAUUUCUUGACCGAAAACACACGUUGCGCUUACCCCAUCUACCACAUUCCCAACGCCAAGAUUCCUUGCAUGGGCGGUCACCCCAAGAACAUCAUCUUGUUGACCUGCGAUGCCUUUGGUGUCUUGCCUCCUGUCUCCAAACUCACCGCUGCACAAGCCAUGUACCACUUCAUCUCUGGUUACACCACCAAGGUGCCUGGUACCGAAGACGGCAUUGUCGAGCCUCAAGCCACUUUCUCUGCUUGCUUUGGCGCGCCUUUCUUGGUCCUCCAUCCUCAACGCUAUGCUACCAUGCUCGCCCAAAAGAUGUCUGAACACAAGGCCGAUGCUUGGUUGAUCAACACCGGUUGGAUCGGUGGUUCCGCUGCCACCUCCAAGCGUUGCCCCUUGAAGUACACCCGUGCUAUCCUCGACGCUAUCCACAGCGGCGAGCUCGCCAAUGCUGAAUUUGACGAAUUGGAAAUCUUUGGCUUGCGUAUCCCCAAGGCCGUUUCCAACGUUCCUUCUGAAUUGUUGAACCCCAAGACCGCUUGGAACGGUACCGCUGAAGAAUUUGACAAGUCCCUUCAAAACGUCGCUCACAUGUUUAAGGAAAACUUCAAGACCUAUGAAGACCAAGCUUCUCCCGAAACCUUGGCUGCCGGCCCCAAGAUCUAA